AUGUCAACACCCCCAACAGUAAAAACGCGUGUCCUGAUAAUCAGUGACACACAUUGUGCACCUUUUACGUCCGCCUCAUCUUCUCAAGCUUUCCGCCCUCCUCUUCCCUCGGCAGAUGUUUUGAUACACUGCGGCGACCUUACCGUGAUAGGUACACCUUCUGAGUACCAUGAUACUCUAGACAUGCUUGCUGCUAUCGAUGCACCGGUUAAACUGGUCAUUGCGGGUAAUCAUGACAGAACAUUGGAUAAGACAUGGAUGAAAAAUCACGAAUGGAUGUUGCGAGGCAAGAAGUGGGAGGAUGUGUAUGAGGAAGCUCAAGAGAUUUGGUUUGGAGAGCAAGGUCGGGCAAGGAAAGAGGGUGUAACAAUGUUGGAGGAGGGGGUCCAUAAGGUUGAGCUGAGCAAUGGAGCAGUGUUGACGCUCUAUGCGUCUCAAUACCAGCCUGAAUUCUACGAUUGGGCUUUUCCAUACGAAAAAUACGAGGACCGCUACAACCCUGCGUCUGAAACCCUUGCUGAUGCCACCAACAUUGCUGUCAACCCAAUACCCUCCUUCUCAGAUCAGCAACUAGACGUGAUCUGUACCCAUGGGCCUCCGUAUGAGCGUGGAGACAUCACCGCACAUGGAAACGUAGGUUGCCCACAUCUGCUCAAAGCAAUGGCUAGAGCAAAGCCAUCGGUACAUUGUUUUGGUCACAUCCAUGAGGGCUGGGGUGCCGAGACUGUGACAUGGAAUGAUGUUUCCGUGACUGAGAAAGAGACCAUGGAGCAAUUCAAAGGGCAGGGAUGGAAGAAGCACGUCAAAGAAGUGGAAAGGGUCGAAGUGGCAAAGAACGAAGUCAAAGAGCAGAGAGCGGUGUUUCUAGAUGGAACGAGAAUCAGGAAGGGUGAGCAGACGAUCAUGAUCAAUGCAGCGAUCAUGGAUGUUGGUUAUAGUCCAGUUAACGCACCAUUCGUGGUGGACCUGGACCUGCCGAUGAAGGACUGA